AUGUUACUAUCAGUUUUCACAUUCGCUAUUCUCUUGUCCUCGACAAUCUGCAAUGAGGUCAGUGAAACAUCGGAGAGAGGGUUCGGGGUUCGACCACCACUCUCUCAAAACACUCCAACCAAUCCCAAAGUUCCUAAACACCUUCAAGAGCUACUCAAUAACCCUAACUCAGGAUCCAACCGAAUAGUUAGCACCAAAGCUACUUCCACGAUGAUUUCCAAACACAAGAUUAGUCCUGUCCUACACCUUCCCGAAGACAGUCAUCAGCAUGGGACUCUUAAAGACGUAGAACUGAAAGUUUACCUCAAACCACAACAGAAAAUUUCUACUCUUGUAAUUACGGUUUUGGGAACAGAGCAGAAGUUCAAAUGUCUCCUCACGAUCAUUAAAAACCUUGUUUCCUCGCUACAAACUCUCGAUAAUGUGAUCAGAGCUGAGCGGACUCUCCUGAGUUCCCAUGGUAUAGAAGUAACUUCAACCCUACCAAUUAACAAAGUAAUAAACCUAAAAGAGAAACCUCAUCUCACCCUCCUUUACAAUAACCAGGAGAUCCUUGAACCCUCAGCUAAGAUCGCUAGAAGACACUUCCUACAGAUGUUUGGUGAGACCCACCACUUGGAACGAAGAUCUGCAUCUCCCCACUGUAAGGUUCAGGACCUGAUGGUCAACUUUAAUAAGAUAGGCAUCAACUCAGUGGUAGCUCCAAUGGAGUUCAAUGCUCACAUCUGCUCAGGAGAGUGCCACCUUGACCACGAGGAGACCCCAAUGACAAACCACGCCUUCAUCCAGAACAUUCUGUACUACAGCGGAGUCGGAGGAGAGGUACAGGGAGCUUCCUGUGUAUCAGACCAAACUAAACCUCUUACUGUACUCAUAGCUGUUGGACGGGACUUCCAUCUUACUGUAUACGAAGACAUGGUGGUCGAGUCCUGCAGUUGCAGAUAG